AUGGUGCGGCUUGUGAUGCUGGCCGUUGGGGCGGUGUUGACGCUCGCGCUCUUCAUGGGCUUCUUGCUGAGCAGCUUCGUCGUGGCCGUGAUCGUCACGAGUCGGCAGUCCAAGAGUGCUGGCAACCUCAUGAUCCUGCAGCUGGGGGCUACAGACCUGAUGCUCUCGUUACUGGGUCUAGCGCUGUCGUCCCCGUCGCUACUUCAGGGACGGUGGCUCAUAUCAGACGAGGGAGACCACCCCAACAUGGUUGGCACUGAAGCAUCUAUAAAAGAGAAUUUUUCAUCCAGCAUCAUCAACUCCACCACUAAAUCAACAACAGAUGUUAGCAUAAGCACAGACGGCCAACCUUCAGGAAAUUAUUAUUCGUCAUUAUUAACGGUUGCGAAGUUUGAAGCAACAACAACCAAAGUAUUGAAAUUUAGCCAUGAAGACUCAACCGUAUUUUCGAUUUUAAGAGACGAUGAAAGAAGUACAGAAAAUUCACUCAUGAACCCAGAAUAUGACACUCAUUCUUCGUCAUUGAAAGACAAUGAUUCAUCUAGCGAAGUCUUCGUGAUGAACUACAACACUUCUUUCUUCCCAAUGAUGACUUACCACGAAACUUCAACUAACCAUGCCGGGAAAGACGGUGUAACGUCAAUUUAUUCAUACACGACAGACUCGACUAUUAAAGUUGAUGAAACUUCGGUUGAAAUCGAACACGAGUAUUCUCCUUCGAGAGAUUCUUCCUCAAGUUCUUCGUUAGGACUCGAUUAUUCAUCAUCAAAUCCCAGGUUGAAUUAUGAUACCAUACCCAAAAGUGACAAUAAUGUGGAUGCUAAUUAUAACUUUCAUGAUUCAACAGAAAUUCCUUUCACAAGUGAAGACUCUUCAUUCCAUUUCUCGAAAUUUGCUGACUCAUUGGUUGUUGAAAAUGCAACUUACACAUUUUCUAGAGUUUCUGUUCCGGACAGAGACGAUUCAAGUACGAAAAAAGGCAUCUCGGUCACUCAGCCAAUUGUUGUGUCUCGACGUAUCUAUUCAAAUGUCCCAUCAGAGGCAGUGCUUGCGGUUUCAAAUCUCAUCACUCAAUCUAAAGUGCACCAUGUUAGUAAUAGCCAAGCAGAUAGUAGUAAGGAAUCACCUGGAGAUUUUAUUUCCUAUUCUCGUGAAGGAAAGCAGCCAAGAGAAAACUAUGUAUCAAGUUCCCAAUUGUUACUUUCAAAUUCUAAAGAUGAUGGAAUAAUUUGUCGCCUGUACGGCGGCAUUCUAUCUCUAUUGAACUUAGUGAGCGUGUGGAUAGUGGUAGGACUUCACUGCGACAAAUACUGUGCCAUAGCCUCACCUCUGAGGUACAACCAAAUAGUUACGAGAAAAAGAAUAGCUAUUUUCUCGCUACUCGUUUGGACGUUGUCAGUAGCAGUGUCCAUUGCAAUAAUGGUCGUAGCACCGCGCUUCAAAUAUCUUGGAGGUGUUUGCCUUCCUGUCUUCAGUGACGCUGGGAAAAUAAUUUACACGUCGUGUCUUCUUGUAGUGCUCAUCUUGUCUCCCGCGGCCAUAUUUAUAUUAGUAAAUGGCAAGAUCCUCUUCAUCGCUCGUCAACAUCAGCAUCGGAUCUUCUCAGCAAUUUUCGAAGUGAUGAUGUCGGCUCAGGCUACGGUCACGCAACAAAGGAACCCGUUCGAUAUGCCCAAGAUGAAACAAAAGUCAGCAUGGGCAAUAUGCGAGCAGCUGAUUGGCUUUGCUGUGUGUUACUGCCCUGUUGUGCUUUUCCUGUUCCUUGAAUGUGCUGUUCGUUAUCCGCUGAACAACUUCCUCUCUGUGGUCAUGGUAGGUUCUCUGUUGCUUGCACCGUUAGUAAAUAGCUUCAUGUAUGGCAUAAAAAGCGCAACCAUAAAGAAAAUACUAAAAAAUUAUCUGAGGAAAAAGAUUUCUCGAACAGCCAUGAAAUGUGAAAUUCAGGCAAGGAUUCCAUCUGCUCAAAAUUCUAGAAGACCGUCCAUUUCGUCCACUCUGGGGUUUCCAGCCAUCCACAGGUCACUGCACAGGCGCAUGUCAGAUUACCUGGGCCCAGAACAUUUUCCUGACAACGAGCCGCGCGAGCUGGUGCGGAGGUCGUCAGAGUUAUCAUGGCAUCCUCUGGAAGAGGGAACUCCGACACCUUCGCGGCUUCGGCAACCUCUGGACUUGGACAUUCCACGGGACUGGAACACUUCGCACAUAACAAGUGCGUCUCAGUACCUUGCUGUUCCUUCGUACGAGGCAGCUCGAAGUCAAACCAACAACCUUCGGUCGACAUCGUCGUCUGAAUCUAUAGGGACUUUCAGUACUAAAGAUCCCGUGACUGAAGAUGAGUUUAUCGUAACCUCCGCUGACAUAUCACCGGCUUUUCAGAAUAAAGUUUCAACUAGGAAAGAAGCAGAAGCUAUCCGUCCACUUUGUCCGUUUACCGACUACAAUUCUUUAUGUCCAAAUGGUAAUGUCCACCAUGUUCUUUCUGUCUCAAUGCCAUUGUAUCGUAAAGGGUCUUCUGCACUUUCAUCCAUUGUAUCAGAGGAUCCACCAUUGGACACACCUUCCACCCCGCUGCUCUGCCAAGCAUACAUGACUCCUUGGCCCAAGACGGACGUGUCACGUUCAAAUUCCCCCUAUAUUUUGAGGACUUUAGAGUCCCUCGUGUCAGUAGGAUUAGCUCAGUCCCGUCUCACAAAAUCCACUUCUUUUUGGAGAGGUUUUAGUUUUGAAAAAGAAUCAGACCGUAACAUUAAUAACAGCUUAAAUUCACUAGAGCGAGACAAAAAUAUGGAACUAAAAGAUAAAUAUUGCUACGGAGCAAUGAUUGCUGACACUGUUGUAUCUUUUCCUGAAGAGGAAACAAAAUUAACCGUAGAAGAUUCAUCUUCUGUAAUUACUUAACAUUUACCGAAAAGCUUAACUGGGGGUCAAUUAAAAAUGUAUGAUAUUUUGUUACCUUCUUAAGUCAACGCUUGAGGCAAUUUUUUCAUGGAAGGUAAUACUUUGUGCAGCACAUACCAGGAAUUAAAUAACUAUUAAUUAUACAGAAUUCCUCCAAGACUCUACAUAUGUUGAAAGUUAUGAAAUUAUUAUGUCUGAAAUUAGUUUGUUCAGAUUUAGAGCAAGUUUAAUUGGAAGAUAUUAUAGGUAAUAGAAAUAUCUAAUAAGGAAAACAAUGCUUAAACCAGCUCUUCCCGAUUAAAUUUAAGCAAAUAAAAUUAGAAUUAAGAGAGAUGUUAAGUUUUGAAUUUAUUUUCGAAAUGAGAGUCGGUUUGUGAUUGCGAUUUUCAAGGAAGAUUAGGAUUACUUAUUCGCCGCAACCCAGUAAUAGUUUAGAGCAAGAUUCAAAUAUACAAAGUCACCGUAACGUAGCAUAUUCUGGAUUAAUCUUAGUAAAGCGUUCAAUAAUCGGUUAUUUAUUUCCAAUUCAAACUUAAAAGUUAAUCAUCCUACCAGAUCUAUGGCAAUUAUCAUCAUACAGCAUGACGAAAAACUUCAGCAAUGACACUCUUUGGUACACGUUAGCGUUUCAUAACAAUUUUUCUGAUAACAAGCAGAGAGAUAAGAAUUGAUGGAAUUGAAUUUUGAGAUGACGGGAGGAAGAUGAAUUAUUUCAGCAUGAUUAGAAUUGCAAGCGUUUCAGAAAACAAUCUUCAAAAUUUUCAUUGGUCUUACCAGUCAGAAGUUAUGCAGUUAAAAAAAUGCUGAACAUGAAGUUCAUUUAUAGUAUCGUGUUUUUAUAGAGAAGAUUAUUAUUGCUUUAGUCAGCUUCAUAAAUUAAAUAU